AAAGUUGAUGCCAGGAAAUUGGAAAAGGCCCAAGCUAAAUUGCAAGAAAAACAAGACAAGAGAACAAAAGAAGUAAGAACCAUAGCACCUCCAAAACUACAAACCGCCUCUGCUUCGCAGGUAACCAGUAAAAAAGAAAGUAAAUUAGAAGCUAAAGGAAACAAUAGGACACAGGAUAUCAGAAUAGAGAACUUUGAUGUAGCAUACGGGGACAGAGUUUUGCUUCAAGGAGCUGAUAUAGUUUUGGCAUUCGGUAGGAGGUAUGGUUUGGUGGGUAGGAACGGCCUGGGAAAAAGUACGUUGUUGAGGAUGAUUUCUGGUGGCCAAUUGAGGAUCCCUUCCCAUAUAUCUAUUCUUCAUGUUGAACAAGAAGUGGUAGGCGACGACACAUUAGCCUUAGAUAGUGUUCUGGAAUGUGAUACAGUGAGAGAAGAACUUCUCAAGAAAGAGAAGGAAAUCAGUUCUGCUAUCAAUGCUGGUUCUGCAGAUCCCGAACUGAACUCCCAACUCACGGAAGUCUACACUCAAUUACAAAACAUCGAAGCUGAUAAGGCUCCAGCGAAAGCAUCUAUAAUACUUAAUGGUCUUGGGUUCACAUCUGAUAUGCAACAAAAACCAACAAAGACUUUUUCGGGUGGAUGGAGGAUGAGAUUGGCACUUGCGAGAGCCUUGUUUUCAAGACCAGACUUACUGUUGCUUGAUGAACCUACUAACAUGUUGGACAUCAAGGCAAUUAUAUGGUUAGAGAACUAUCUACAAAAUUGGCCUACCACUUUACUGGUGGUAUCUCACGACAGGAAUUUCCUAGACACGGUGCCUACUGAUAUAUUACAUCUACAUUCACAAAGAAUUGAGGCAUAUAGGGGAAAUUAUGAACAGUUUGAGCGGACGAAAACCGAAAAACUGAAAAAUCAACAAAGGGAAUAUGAAGCACAAAUGCAGCAAAGGCAACACGUUCAGGAGUUUAUCGACAGGUUCAGGUAUAACGCCAACCGAGCAGCCCUUGUUCAAUCUAAGAUAAAAAUGUUGGAAAAACUACCUGAACUCAAACCAAUUAUUAAGGAAGCUGAGGUGGUGCUGAAAUUACCAGAUACAGAGCCUCUGUCUCCACCCAUAUUACAGCUGAAUGAAGUUUCCUUCAGAUAUAAUGCAGAACGAGUGAUAUUUAGUGAUGUAAAUCUUGGUGCCACAAUGGAAUCAAGGAUUUGUAUUGUAGGAGACAAUGGUGCUGGUAAAACAACGUUACUCAAAAUCAUCAUGGGUAUAUUGUAUCCAACAUCGGGUAUGAGGAACGUACACAGGAAUUUGAAAUUUGGUUACUUUAGCCAACAUCAUGUUGAUCAACUGGACAUGAAUGUCAAUUCAGUAGAGCUCCUUCAACAAGCAUACCCAGGUAUGUAGGCAUUUUUCAAGAAUUU